AAGAGAUAGUUCCAGAAGAGCAGCAUUCUUCGAGGGUGCUUAGGAAAAGAAAACCCGGUGAAGACGAUAAUUCGGAUAAGGAAGAAAAUUUUUGUCUUGAUAUAAAUACCGUUUCGUUUGGCGAUUAUGUUGAUCAAAGUGAAAGAGAUUCCGAGUGGAAAUUGCUAGAUGGCCAGCAACUUGUAAAAGCUCUUAAUAGUAAGAUUUCCGAAAUGGUUAAACUAUUUCUGAAAAAAGACAAAAAAGAGCAAACCCUAAUUGCGAAAAGUGUCAUCAGGUUAGGAUUGUCUUCAAUAAUUGAUUUAUCAUCCGAGUUUGAAGGCGGAAUGUAUUCAUGGUUUGAGAAGGAUUGGGCUAAUAUUAAAAAAAAAAGGUCUAUGAAAUUGUUGAUAUAA